GAAAACAAACGGCCAGACGGGGAAAGCUUAAUCAAAUUUCGACAAGUGUGAAGUGUGAUAUACCUAAAUAGAUAGCUGCUGCCGUGUACUGGUGGAGGCAGGCGGACUGAGACGGUAGUCAUUUUAUUAUCUAGUGAAAAGAAAAAAAACCCAUCAAACGGCGUUUCGGUGCACACCGUGUCCGCGGUACAGUAGAACUACCCCUCGAGCGCCGACCAGCAUCUCUCCAACACUCCCCGUCCGGCAACUAAUGGGUUCGUCUGCGGAUUUCAAGAGCCUCGAAGAUGAACUGAUCGACAAUGUAGAGAAAGACGUGCGUUACUGGCAACAGAACGACGCCAAGCUGAGGGCCGUGAAGAGCGUGUCCACUUACCAAGAGUUCAGCGACAUUGUCAAGGCAGCUCAUCUGCGUCCACUGACCAAGAAAGAAAUCGAGUGCAAGAGCCACCCACCGGCAGUGUGGAACAACGUAGUGACAGCUCACAACAUGCAAGACAGCAAGCAACAGAGUUCUGAUUUCGCGGUCGCCGACAUCGACAUCAAGGAUAACAUACCGAGUGCUUGCUCUCCAAUAGUCCAAGAGUUUAUUCUGAGUUUCCGCCGUCUCAGCACGGCUAAACACAGAUACAAGUACUUGAGCCUACAUGGUGCUGAAAAUGUGGCCGCCACGUUUCACACCGAAGAGAUACCUCCAUCUGUUUUGGUCGAACUGCUCGAAACACUACUCAUAUUCCCGUCAAAUAGUGUCCCAGACAUAGUCGCAGUCACCAGACUUUUAGACGUGAUCACCGGGACGAAAAGGUUUGAAUUGGCCAUUGAGUUUUUGAGUUCAACCGAGUUGGACACGUUGUGUAAUCUGUUCAACAAACUAGAGGAGAGCCUAAAGUCUGGUCAGCAAGAUUUGGCCGAACAAGGAGUUACUGAGUGGAGUUUGAGUACACUAAGGAGAAAAUAUAAAGUCUAAACAAAUCACAAUUGUUCAGUAUUAAUAGUGAAAAUAUUCCCAAUCCUCCAUACCUUAUACUUACCUACAUAUCACACAAAUCCUUAUACCAUUUUAAGUGUUUAGUGAGAGAAUAAAAUAACGACUGCUAUGGUCACGUCAUAGAUGCAAUGAUUUUAUUAUAACAUCCCAUUUCAAUAUCCCAUCGCACGAUGUGUGGCAAUAUGUAUUAUUUAUUUUAUUUUUAUUAUAAAAGACUGAUUAUACUCCCAAUAUAAUAUUAUAAUUAUACUGGUUAUCAUUAUUUUAUUUUGCUUUAUAAUAUGUUGACAUAAAUUUGUAUUUGUUUUUUUUUUAUGUAUUCAUUAUUACAGAAAUAUAAUGUUUAAGACUAAA